AUGUAUAUCAUUUCAAAUGUAGUUAAAGUUACAAUACCUAAUUAUUUAGCAAGUUUGCCAAUUCCUGACUCUUUUGGCGGAUGGUUCCGUCUUGGAGUAAAAGACUGGCUUGCUUUAUUGCCUCCAACUCUUGCUCUGGGGGGCAUUUCAUAUUAUUCAUAUCAAACAAUUAAAAAAGCAAAAGAAGCUGGUAAUGGUCAAGUAAAUCCAGGCAUCAAGAAAGAUGUAAACAAAGUGGUUGAUUUUAUUGAUAUUGAAGAUAUAACAGAGAAGGCAGCCUUAUGCAGGUGCUGGAGGAGCAAAAAUUGGCCUUACUGUGAUGGCGCUCAUGGGGCUCACAAUAAAGCAACGGGGGACAACACCGGACCAGUUGUUGUAAGACAUAAGGAGAAUAAGUAA